AUGGAACUUGAUGGCCAUGGACAAGGUCGAGACAAUGGCGCAAAUUUAUUGGUACGGUUUCUGGGUCUAAUGGCCCGUAGAGCAAUGCUGUGUCCAAUUUCAAUUCAAAGAUGGGAUCAGAUGCCUGAAGACAACACAAAAAAGCAGUGGAACUAUAUUGAAGAAAAAUUGAAAAACUUUGAGUUUGAUUAUGCUGCUAGCAUUAAAUGGGCACUAAGGACAUUGGGUGAUCCAUGGAAAGCCUACAAAUAUUCGUUACGGAAUAUUUAUUUUUAUCCUAAUAAAACAAAAGAAGAAAUUCUAGCAACUAAGAUUAAUUCAGAUAUACCUCCUAUUGAAUGGGCGGCUUUUGUGCAUCACUACACAAAUCUUAAGAUAAAGAAACAGUGCUUGCAAAAUAGAAAAAAUCGAGAGAAGCUUCAAGUAUCAAAUGCUGGUGGUAGUAAAAGCAAUGCUAGAAGAGCAAAUGAAAUGGAAAAAAAGUUAGGAAGAUCUGUAUAUCGGAAUGAAGUUAUUCUGUCGACUCUGGUGAAGAAGAAUGGAAAUUAUGUAAAUGGUGGGCACAAUUUAGCGGAGCAAAUAUUAGAGCAUUUGCCUGAAGAUCAAGAACGUGCUGCUGCUGAAGGAGUACCUUCGAAAGUGUUAGCUCAUCCGAAUGAUGCAAUUGGAAAGGUCUUUGGGGCUGAAAAUGUAGGGCGUGUACGAGAGAAGCAGGUUGAAACAUUAGAGAAAAAGUUAGACGGAUAUGAAGAAACCAAAAUUCAAUUGGCAGCUCUACACAAAUUUUUAUCAUCAAAAUAUGACGAUGAAGUACCUAGUAUGUCUGGUGAUAUGUCAGACAUUUAG